AUGGUGGUGCUUGCCGCUUCCAUAUGUACUCGUGGAGGGAAAGCGGUGCUGUCGAGACAUUUCAGAGAAGUCGCACGCUCCAGAAUUGAGGGUCUACUGGCAUCGUUUCCCAAAUUAGCGGAUUCCGGAACGCAGCACACAACUGUCGAACAAGAUAAUGUUCGCUAUGUGUAUCAACCUCUCGAUGAAUUAUACAUGGUCCUCAUCACCAAUCGACAGUCAAAUAUUCUCCAGGAUAUUGACUCUUUACACCUUUUUGCUCAGGUAGUUAGCAGCAUCUGCAAGAGCUUAGAUGAAAGGGAAAUCCUUCGCAACGCGUACGAGCUACUGAGUGCAUUUGACGAGGUUAUAAGCCUUGGAUACCGGGAAAACCUUUCCCUUACUCAAAUCAAAAACUUCUUAGACAUGGAAAGUAAUGAGGAGAGGAUACAGGAAAUCAUUUCCAGGAAUAAAGAGCUUGAAGCGACCGAGGAGAGGAAAAGAAAGGCUAAACAACUAGAGCUUCAACGCAAAGAGAUGUCCCGUAGUGGGAAAGGAGCCGUACCGCGAGCACCCUCAUAUCCUACUUAUACUCCACCAACCCGUACCCCAACCCACAGCACAUACGACAGCUAUGAGGCCGAGAAGAGCAAGUCUUUUAAAACAGCUGUAUCAAAAGGCAAAGGUAUGCAGCUGGGUAAGAAGUCCAAAACCACAGAUAUGUUUGAGCGCGUCAAGGGUGAUCUCGGUGCUUCCGCGGAGGAUAAUGCACCUCUCGUUCCAGCUCAGCAGUCUACCACGAGCGAAAAGGCAGCAGUCGGGCGUACGUCAGCAUCUACUGACCGCGACGCGAUUCAAGUCAUUAUAGGAGAAGCUAUAUCGGCGAAAUUCGACAAGGAAGGCGCAAUGAGUUCUUUCAACGUCAAGGGUGAUUUAACGCUUCGUAUUUCUGAUUCUUCACUCGCGAAAGUCAAAUUAGCGCUUGUCGCAAAUCCGACGCACAAUGCUCAAUUUAAGACUCACCCAAAGGUAGACAGAAGUCAGUUUGCUUCCUCCAAAAAUAUUCAACUUAAGGACCAAUCAACUGGUUUUCCCUCAGAUACUCCCGUCGGUGUCUUGCGCUGGAGUGCUUCUGCUCCUGUGGGAGCCGAUGCUUCGAGCUUCGCACCGAUCACAUUCAAUGUAUGGAUUCAGAAGGGUUCAGAUGACAACUACAGCAUUACGAUAGAUUAUGAGCUCAACGGAUCUGAUGCACUACGCGAUGUCGUGAUGACGAUACCUUACCGCACAAGUGAACCCGCGGUCUCAAGCUUCGAUGCAAUAUAUGAAGUUUCCGGGGAUUCUCUCGAGUGGACGGUAGGAAAUGUCGACGAAGCAAAUUCUAACGGAUCAUUCGAAUUUGAAGCCCAAGCAGAAGAUGAAGGGGAGUUCUUUCCUAUCAACGUGCAAUUCUCCAAGAGCAAACCCUUUGUGGACGUUGAUGUAGGACUGCCCCAACUUCCCCAUUUCUAUUCUUCUAUGAUUUCACUUAAAACAGGCUAA